AUGGCCCGCUCUAGAAAACAUGCCAGAGAUGUGAUUUCAGCAAGAUGGCGCUACUGUCCACAUAGCCAGGGCAACCAUGGAUCUCCUAAGAGAAAUUUUUGGUCACCGAAUAAUUUUCAGAAAUUCAGAUUUCCGUACCCCUCACGUUCGCCUGAUUUAACAGCCCCAGACUUUUUUCUGUGGGGAUAUCUGAAAGAAAGAGUUUAUGCAAAUAAACCCAGAACUAUUGAGCAACUGAAGGAGAACAUUCGAAAUGAAAUAAUAAUUUUAAAUCAACAAAUUCUAGCAGGUGCUAUGCAAAAUGCACUAAAAAGAGCAAGAAUGUAUCAAGCGGAAAAUGGAAGUCAUUUCAAGAAUCUAAUUUUUAAGAACUAG